AUGACCACUAUUCUUAACAUCCCAGGCACCAACCCCCCAAAUCCCUUCACCCUUCUACUCUCUAUCAACCCAUCCUCAACACCAGACGCGACAGCCGCCCACCUCAUCACAGUAGUCACCACCUCUUCAGACCCCGCCCACUCCCUCUGGCAACUCUGGGACGCCUUCUUCACCGCCGUCGCCACCUCAACAACACACACCCCGCACCUCGCCCUCCUCGACGCCCUCCGCACCCACCCACCAACGCAACCUACAAACGUCCGCGCCGGAUCCAACGCACAGCGCAACCUCCGCAGCUAUAUCGAGUCUGAUGGCAAGCUCCACUGGGCGGCCCUACCCCGCUUCAGCGCACAGUGGCGCGAUGUGCACGAUAUCCUCGAGGCCUGGCGCGACUGGGACGGGGUGCGUGAUUCUAUCUCCCCAGCCGCUGCUACUACGGUAGGCAGCGGCGGCGCAGAGUACUUCCUCCGCUUGUGCGCCUUCUCCGCUGCGCUGCUGAAAGCGACGAAUGGGAAAGACGGGGUGCAUCCUAUCUGGGUGUUUUAUGCGUGUCGUGAUGUGUUGGAGUGUGAAGGUGAAGGACUAGAUCGGAGGCAGCAGCAACAACGGCAUAGAAUUCCGUGGGAGGAAGUCUGGGCGCUUGAUGUCCGGGUUGCGGCGACUUGGGUGCGGGAUGGGGCGGUGGCGCUGUGGGAGGCGGACGGGGAGGAGCUUCGGCGGCAUUGGGAUGCAGCAUUGCAUGAGAAGACGGAGUUGUGGCCGAGUGAGGAUGGGCUGACGCGGGAGCGGUGGGAGCUGUGGGGGAGAAGGCUGCAGGAGUUGAGUGCCCAGGGGGGAUUUCUGGACGGGGAGACUAGGGCUGUAGUUGAAGAGGCUGCUGAGGUGGUUAGUCGUCUUUUGAAGAAGACUGAUAGAUCUAUCUCGAGCACGACUUGA